AUGAUGAUCUUCCUAAAGCAAUAUGAAGAAACGAAAAAGUCGACAGAUCCUAAGAUUCACGUACAACCUCUUCCAGAUUCAGAAUAUAAUUCUGAUUCACUACUCGAAUUUUUGAAUAAUACAGAAAAUAUUGAGGAAUAUCUGAAUAAUUUAGGUAAAGAAGAUAUACCAUCUAUAGUAAAUAUGUUGGAUAAGGCCGAAGGUACUGAAUCACAUAAAGUAACUAAUAAUAAAUUAAUUAAAAUACCAAGUCCUAAAAAGAAAGAUUCUGCGAGUACAUCAAAAAAAUCUUUAAACAUGGACAUAGAUGUAUUAGAUUCUGACAUAGAAAUAGUAAAAGAAUUGCUAGUUAAAGAAAUUGAGCCAAAAAAAAUUAAAUUAGAUAAAACAUUCUCUUGUUUUGCUUGUAAAGCAAAGUUGAGCAGCAUACAGAAGCUCUCUCAUCAUUUAAGUAUUUGUGAUAAUGCAGUCAGGACAUGUGUUCACUGUAAUAUACUUUUUGAUUCGAAACUAAAGAUGCGGCAUCAUGCUUUAACUCAUAGUGUUCUAACACCUUUAUCCUGUAAUUGUGGUCAAGAGUUUGAAAGUAAAGAAAAGUUAUUGCAUCAUAGCAAGAAAUGUGAAAUAGAUCACAUAGCAUCAAUGGGGUUCUCAUAUUCAUGUAAAAUUUGUGGAGAAAAAUUUAGUGAAAGAUUUCAACUUUUCAAACAUGCCAGAGCUCACAUUCUAAAAUCUGAAGAAAGAGAGUGUAAACUAUGUGGGUCUAAGUUUGUUGGUGAUGAUGCAUUAUUAAAACAUGAAAAAAAACUUCAUGAAAAAGAUAAUAAGGUUUUAUUAAGAUGCAAAAUAUGUUUUUUUACAUCAACAAAUCACAAGGAGAUUUUUAAUCAUGUUAAAACACAUACAGAAGUAAAGGAGCCGCAAAGACAUUUAUGUGAGUCUUGUGGGCGAAGUUUUGCAACUAAUGCUAGUCUCCAACGUCAUUCCUUACAACAUGAACCGAAGUGUUACAAGUGUUUUAUAUGCAAUGAGAAGUUUUCAUCUGCAAGAUUGCGAGAUACACAUGUUGUAGAACAUGUUGAUGUUACGAUGUGUGAAAAAUGCGGUGAUACCCUCAAUUGCGCCAAGUUAGACAUGCAUAUAUGUAAU